CAAUUGAAUCAUGUAAAAUGUGGAAUGCUUUAGCAAAUAUGGCCGCCAUAGUGGCCCUGAAUAAUGCUAAUAUAACGGCCGCCAUGAUCAAUGCACCAGAUGGUACUCUACUACCAGCAUUACCGGAAAAGAAUGACAUGCUUUUGGGUGAAAAUAUUUAUAACCAGCUAGCUACUAAGACAAAACCAAAAGCGCCUUUUCAUCAGGAUAUUACUACAGAAGAUGUUGAUAGGAUUGUAAAUAGUAGGAUUCAGGCAUUACAGCAAUCGACGCUAAAUCAAUUACCAGCAUCUUCUUCCGGUCAGGAAAAUAUUACUAAAGCUGAUUUACAAGCUGUAACUAAAUCCUUGCAAAAGACUAUGUCUCGAGCGACUAAAACUCUAGAUAAUAGUAAAAAAUCAGCUGAUAAGAGAGUGGAAAAUACUGCCGUUAUACGUUUUUUGAGUGAUUUACUAAGAAAAAAACCAUAUAUACACCCUGCUGAUGAAAAUAAUCAUGAUCCUGUAGAUGAUAUUUCAGAUAGCUUAGCUGGAUUAACAUUAAAUAGUGUUAUAAAUACUGCCAUCAAACGUGCUGUUAAGAAAUCCUCUUCAGGCCACAAAUAUUCCAAGUGCAGAAGGUCUGAUCACAAUUCUCGAAACUGCUCCAAAAGAAGAAAAGGAAAAGCAAGAAGUUUAGAAAAG